UUUCUUCAUCCCUCCCAGCAUCACUAUCUGAGGAAAGUGUUAUGACCCCAGAUGUGGAGAAUGCUGUGAUUAGCCCCAUCCUCCCUUUCCUUUUCCUGGGCAAUGAGAGAGAUGCACAGGAUUUGGAUCUACUGCUUCGUCUCAACAUUGGCUUUGUGGUCAAUGUCACAACCCAUCUUCCCCUCUACCACCUGGACACAGGAUUGGUGCAUUACAAAAGGCUUCCAGCUACUGACAACAGCAAGCAGAACCUGCGACAGUAUUUUGAAGAGGUUUUUGAGUUUAUCGAGGAAGCUCACCAGUAUGGACGUGGUGUUCUUGUGCACUGCCAAGCAGGUGUGUCCCGCGGGCUACUAUAG